AUGCGCCUGCAGCCAGGCCAACAGCCUACCCCCGAGCAGAUCGAGCAGAUCAAGAAGUUCCAGGUGGAAGCCAGAAGGAACUUUGAGGCCCAGAUCGCCGAGCAGGCCGCCAAGGAGGGUGUCCCCGUCGAGCAGGUGAUGCAACGUGUCCAGCAGCAGAUGCAGCAGCGCAUGAUGCAGCAGAGAAUGAUGGCCCAGCAGCAAGCCCAACAGCAAGGAGGACAACAGCCACCGCAGGGACAACAAGGACCACCAGGUCCGGGACAACCUCAGGGCCAGGGACAGCCUCAAGGCCCGCGACCUCAGGGUGGUCCGCAGCCCGGUGUUGCCCAGCCCAUCACUCCCGGACCUCCCAACCCCGUCGCCAUUGCCAUGGCGAAUUUCUUGCGAGCCCAGGAUCUGAAGCUUCGUACUUGUAUCCUAAAUGGCGAGCGCAAGGACAUGUUCAGAGUCAAGAGAGCCCUUCGAGUACUGCAGUCCCCCGCCUACGAGAAGGCCCGCAAGAAGAACCCUGCCCUGCCCCAGAUCACCGACCGGGCAUCGCUCGAGAAUGCCUUCAAGCUACUACCUAUGUCGAUGUUGGCCCUCCGAGUCGAGAAAAUCGACCCAAGCACCAUGCCCAACCCGCCGAAGAAGCGUGUCAAGGGUCUCUGGAACGUCAAGAUUGUCGGGCAGCAGGAUGCCGGUGAUGACAUGUACUAUGCUUGGCUGUACGAGGGCAGCCAGGUCAUGCGCAAGGUCUACGCUGUCCUUGCCCUCGUCGCCAUCUUCACUGUGGUCCUGUACCCCCUUUGGCCGCUGAAGAUGCGCCAGGGUGUCUACUACCUCAGCUGGGGCUUCCUGUGGCUGCUGGCUGCCUUCUUCGCCAUGGCUAUCUUCCGCGUCAUCCUCUUCUGUCUCACCUACUUCACUGUCUCUCCCGGUCUCUGGCUGUUUCCCAACCUCUGGGAGGAUGUUUCGUUCGUCGACUCCUUCAAGCCUGUCUGGGCUUGGCACGAGACAGCAAAGAAGAAGAAGAAGAAGUCGUCCUCGGGUGGCGGAGCCAGUGCCAGUGCCCAGUCAACUUUUGCCGCUACUACCGGCCAGCCGUUGCCAGCAAGUGCCACUACGACAGCCACGGAUACGCAAAUAGCGACAGGCUCGGACCCGCGGCAAAGAGGUGCCUACGAAGCUCCCAGAGUGGAAGAGCUGCCGGAUGACGAAUAA